GUGGUGAGGACGGGCCCCAGGACUGAGUGACGGGGCCUGCGUCUCAUGGCCUGUCUGCUUCCCACUGCAGAGCCCAGCUACCCCAAACCCAACAUCUACCUGAGACCUGGCGGGGGGGUCUCUCUAGGGGGAGCUGUGACCGUCUGGUGUCGGGGGCAGCGCCGGGGCGUGCGGUUCGUGCUGAAUAAAGAAGGACGCCAUUUCCCAUCUGUGGAUUCGGACGGGUUUGAGGUUGUGUUUCCCAUCAGCAAUGUGAGCCGGGAGGACAGGGGGAGCUACAGCUGUUCCUAUCACAGCAGAUCGGAGCCGUUCGCCGUGUCGUACCCCAGCAACCCCAUGGAGCUGGUGGUGAGAGGGGGAACCGACCUGGGCCACCCUGGAGCGGCACCGGCUCCCACCCGCCCGGGUAGCCCGGGACCAGGGGGAUCAGAAUCGCCGGCAUCUCUGGGUCUGACCAGCUCCAUCAUCACCAGGGCGAGCGCGGCAGCCGCCGGCCUCCUCCUCCUCCUCGUGGCCUUCGUCUGCUUCAGAAUAACCCGAGCCAGAAGACGAUCCGCACUGAGACUGAGCAGCACCAGCCCCUUGAGGGUGUUGAAGACCCCAGCUAUGCAAGACCCUGUCUACGCCUCCAUCGACGAAGGGAAAGAGACGCAGACCCUGGUCCUCGUGGGGGAGGGGCUGGGGCAGCAGGUAACGAACCAGCCACUCACGGUGCUCACCACCUGGUGCUGCUUCCCAGGGACAUUGGAACCAAGUUCAGCACCGGAUGUGACCCGUGCCAUCAUCGCCGGGGUGAGUGUGGCGGCCGUCGGCCUCCUUCCCCUCCUCCUGAUCUUCUUCUGCUACAGAAACGCCUCCAAUAACGAAGGGAAAGAGCCACAGACCCUGGAGCCUGACCCCGGCACCUACGCCGAGCUGGACCUCCAGACGCUGCAGCCCAGUGUGUACGCCGUGAUCAACGUGAGCCAGGGAGUCCCGCAGUGA